CCUCACGUGGAGGGUCCCUCCUGCAGCAGCUGCCGUGCCAACCAUUUCCACCUGAGCACCGAGAACCGCGAGGGUUGUCUGCCCUGCUUCUGCAUGGGUGUGACCCAGCAGUGCACCAGCUCCUCCUACUACCGGGGCCUGGUCACUAGCCCCUUCCUCCCAAGCGACUUCCAGAACUUCGCCCUGGUGAACCGCCAGCACAGCACCCGCAUCGUGACCGGCUUCGUCGUGGAGCAGUCAGCCGAGGGGCCGCAGCUCUCCUUCGGGCGCUUCGGCCAGCUGGGCCAGGAGUCCUACUACUGGCAGCUGCCCGGGCCCUACCAAGGAGACAAGGUAUG